UCAGUGUUCCAGAUACAACGCCAGUUGCCGUUACUCUUAAACCCUCUCUCAAACCAAAACCCUUUCUUUCUUCUCUCAUCGCAGUGACACAAUGAAAUGAACACACUCCAACAAUGAUUCAACUUCACCGUAGCUUCUUCUCCACCGCCUCCGUUCCUUCCGCACCCCCUCUCUCUCUCCGCCACUUCAUGUUGCAGUUCAGGGCGCUUCAGACUCCUCCUCUCUCGCCGCACGCCACGUCAGCAAUCGGCGCCACCGUCCAAUGUCGAACGUGUCUCUGUCUUCGCUUCCCUCCCGCGAAGAGCCACUUCGUCAAGUCCACGACGUCGUUUAGCGGCUUCGGGUUUCCGUUCGGUUCGAGCGCCGCGACGCCGUUUGGCGACGCGGUUUUCUCGAAGGGGUUCUCGACGCGCGUGGGGGACGGUGAGCGGAAGAAACGGGCGAAGGCUUUCGCCUUUCGCGGAAAGGCGAAGGACGAGAGUGCGAGCGACGCUGCGUCGUCACGCGCCGCGAGUGGCGAAGAGGACGCGAAAACGGCGAAGAAGAAGACGGUGAAGAAGAAGAAGCAGUCGCGGAGCAAGAAGGUGUCUGCCACUGCCGGUGCAAGCAAUUCGUCGCAAGAGGAUGGUGCUGCGGAAGUUUCUAGAAAAUCUUCGAAAGGGAAGAAGAAGGUUUCGAAGAAGAGUUCGAUUGAGAGUGCUAUUGAAGAAAUACCGGAUAAUUCUGGUACUGUGAAGGACGAGUUGAAGAAGAGAAAUGGGAAUUCUAGUCUGGUUGAAGAGGUGAAACCCCUAUGGAAAUUUAUGCACAAGCCUUUGUAUCCUCCCUCUGGAAAGUCUGUGGUGGUUGUGGAGUCUGUUACAAAGGCAAAGGUUAUUAAGGGAUACCUUGGUGAUAUGUAUGAGGUCUUGCCAAGCUAUGGUCAUGUGAGAGACUUGGCUGCAAGGUCUGGGUCAGUGCGACCUGAUGAGGAUUUUAGUAUGGUGUGGGAGGUUCCAUCGCCUGCCUGGACUCAUCUAAAGAGCAUGAAGGUUGCACUGAGCGGAGCAGAAAACCUUAUUCUUGCAUCAGAUCCUGAUCGGGAGGGAGAGGCUAUUGCUUGGCACAUCCUUGAGAUGUUACAACAACAGGGUGCUCUACAUGAUAAUAUUUCUGUAGCAAGAGUAGUCUUUCACGAAAUAACUGAACGAUCUAUAAAAGGUGCCCUACAAACACCGCGAGACAUUGACAUAAAUUUGGUUCAUGCUUACCUUGCUCGGCGGGCUCUUGAUUACUUGAUUGGGUUUAACAUUUCACCAUUACUAUGGAGGAAGUUACCAGGUUGCCAAUCAGCUGGAAGAGUUCAAUCUGCUGCACUUUCUCUUAUAUGCGAUAGAGAAAUGGAAAUUGAUGAAUUUAAACCGAAGGAGUAUUGGACUGUGGAGGUUCAGUUGAAAAAGAAAGAGCUGGGAUCAAACAAGGAUCUUACUUUUCCUGCUCACUUGACCCAUUUUGAUUCAAAAAAGUUGAAUCAAUUUUCAAUUACUUCCGAUUCUGAGUCAAGAAAUAUUCAAAGCAAUAUAAACUCAGCUGAUUUUCAGGUUGUGGGUUUGAAAAAAAGCAAAAGUCGAAGAAAUCCUCCAACCCCUUAUAUAACAUCGACACUUCAGCAAGAUGCUGCAAACAAGUUGCAUUUCACCGCAAGUCUCACAAUGAAGCUUGCACAGAAGCUCUAUGAGGGAGUUGAACUGUCUGAUGGUGAAGCAGUGGGUCUGAUAACAUAUAUCCGAACUGAUGGACUUCAUAUUUCUGAUGAAGCUGUUGCUAGUAUACGCUCGCUGAUCAUUGAAAGGUAUGGAAAAGAUUUUGUCUCACAAAGUGCACCGAAGUAUUUUAAAAAGGUGAAAAAUGCACAAGAGGCCCAUGAAGCAAUUAGACCAACUGACAUACGCAAGUUACCAUCAAUGCUUGCUGGGGUACUUGAUGAGGAAUCCUUGAAGCUCUACACACUUAUUUGGUCACGAACAGUUUCAUGUCAAAUGGAAUCUGCUGUCUUUGAUCAGAUACAACUUGAUAUUGGAAAUGCUAACAAGUCUAUUAUAUUACGGUCUGCCAGCUCAAGGCUUGAGUUUCCAGGAUACCGGGCAGUGUUUAUGGAUGUUGUUACCAAAGCUGUUCAAGAUAAAGACAUUGAUGGAUACAGUAAUGAUAAAACAUUUGGGGUACUAAAUUCCUUUAAAACAGGGGAUCCAUUACAUGUGGUUCAAGCUGAACCUAAUCAGCAUCAUACACAGCCACCGCCAAGGUACACUGAAGCAUCAUUGGUUAAGAAGCUUGAGGAGCUUGGGAUUGGAAGGCCAUCAACAUAUGCAAUGACGUUAAGAGUUUUACAGGAUAGAAAUUAUCUGACAGUAAAAAGUCGAGUUCUGUCUCCAGAAUUUCGUGGUCGCAUGGUUUCAGCCUUUCUGUCACAACAUUUUUCAGAGGUCACAGACUACAGUUUUACUGCCGAUAUGGAAACUGAGCUUGAUAAUGUCUCUGCUGGAUUAACUGAAUGGAAAGGCCUCCUUAAAGACUAUUGGACACGGUUUAAAUUGUAUUGUGAGCGUACAUCUAAUGUUCAUAUUCAUCAGGUUGAGAAGAUGUUGGAAAAAAAAUUUGGCGAUUAUUUAUUUGCUUCUAUCUCAGAUCAGAGCCGGGUUUGUCCAAGUUGUUUGGAAGGCACACUCAUUUUUAAAGUAAGUAGAUUUGGUGCUGGCUACUUUAUAGGUUGUGAUCAGCAUCCGAGGUGCAAGUACAUUGCUAAAACAUUAUAUGGUACAGAGGAGGAAGAGGAUGCAUCUCAGCCAAACACUAGAAUAGAGGAACCAAAACUCCUAGGUGUAACCAGUGGUUCAAAAGAAAAGGUUCUUUUGAAAACGGGUCCUUAUGGAUUUUAUGUUCAGCUUGGAGAAGACAGGAAGGGAUACACACCUAAAAGAGCCUCUGUGUCUCAUAUCAAGGAUGUGGAUUCUAUCACUCUUGAAGACGCACUUCAGUUGCUUCAAUAUCCAUUGACAUUGGGUAACCAUCCCAAGGAUGGACAUCCUGUCAUAUUAAAGCUUGCAAGAGUUGGGUUUUGUGUUAGACAUCGGUCCACAAUUGCCUCUGUUCCCAAGGAUAUGAAGGCAAGUGAUGUGACCCUGGAAAAAGCCCUUGAAUUUUUGACGGGAAAAGAUGUGAGACGAUCAGGGCGCCCAAAAGGAAAAUCUAAAGCUCAAGAAGUUGAAGUUAUUGAAGCAUUCUGAGUUUUUGUUUAGCGUCAGUGCAGAGAUUUUUCGUGGUUCACUACAUUAAUAUCUGCCUUUUGCCAACCAGUCCCAGAUGAGUCCUGGAAGAUUCUUUUAUGGAGCCAAAUGUAUAUUUAUCAUUGUUCUACAAAUUUUGUUGCGUGUCUUCUGUUUUUUGUUUUUUACCUUAACUGUCUAUAACGUUAGGCCAAUGUGAUAUUUAUUUUAGAUUUAGAUAGAAAUGUGUUAUCUUCCUACGGCUUGAUAUUCGUUUACUUGUAUACUAUUCAGCAAAUUCAAAAGAAAAUCCUUUGUCAGGGUUGAUUAUUGCCUUGUCU